AUGAGUAGAAUCACCUCACUUUGGCAACCUACUGGUGUUAUCCAUGGGAUUGACCUAGGCAAUCAUUACUAUCUCAUCAAAUUCCAUUUAGAUUUUGAUCUCCACAAAGUUCUUAAUGAUGGACCAUGGUUUAUUGGUGUUAAUUUUCUUGCAAUUCAAAAAUGGGAGCCUGAAUUUCACACAGACAAAGCUACUAUGUCCACCACAGUCCUCUGGGCUCACCUUCAUGGCUUACCUAUUGAGCAUUAUGAUAGAAGCAUUUUGAAAAGAUUGGGUAAUCGGCUUGGUACACUUCUUAAAAUAGAUGUUCAUACUGAGAAUGGUGAUAGAAGAAGAUUUGCAAGACUCUGUAUCCAAGUGGGCCUCUCCAAACCCCUUAUAUCCAAGAUUAAAGUAGGUUCUUUUAUCCAAAAAGUGUCUUAUGAAGGCAAUACAUCCGUUUGUUUUGACUGUGGUCGCUUGGGCCAUGAAAAAGGUGAUUGCAAAGUUUCAAGCUCUAUAUCCACACCAGUCACUAACACCGUCAACACCCACCAUGGAAAAGAAGAUGAACAACUCUUCAGUCCUUGUAUGCUUGUUGAGAGGAAGAAACCUGUGAAGAAAAACCCUACUAUUAGGAAGGUUGUUGAUAAUAAGGUGGCUCAGAACAAAGCAAAAAAUCCAGUCUUCCUGCAUGGAAAUGAAAGUCAAACAGCUGGCAACAGAAAGUAUCCAAACCUUUGUUAA